AAAUAACUUAAAAAGUGUGUUAUGGGCCUUUAAAAGCAUUUUUUUAUUAUAUAAUUAUAGAGUUUUUUAAUCUACCGAUACCGAAUCUAUACCGAUCGGUAGAUUUCUGAAAAAUCUACCGAUCUACCGAUACCGAUUGGACGCGGCUCGCUACCGACUACCGAUACCGGUGGUAGAUUUUUUCUACAGAAUCCCAGCUCUGCUAAAAUCCAGCCCCACAAAUUCGCGAGGCAGUACGAAGAUGAACAACAGGACCUUGCGGCGGAGGCCCAACCCGGACCUUCAAGGCCUGACACCCCGCCGCCUCGAGUCCCCCGCCGCGCCAGCGCUCCUAUUCCCCGGAAGGAAUGCUUCUUCUGCGGUGAUGGAGACAAGCCAAAUGAAGUCCUGCACCGGGUGAGCACGACCGGGAGUGCCAAUCGAAUCAUUGAGGCGGUCCACAAGGGAACGAAUUCUGCGUGGAAAAUCCAGCUUCCUCCUGACCUCGACGUCCUGGCUGCCGACGUGAUGUACCAUAAGGGCUGCUGGAGCAUUCAUGUCGUCAACCAGUUGCGGACAGUGGCCUCCACUCAACAAGAGCCAGAAGAUCGCUCCGUGAUCGAGUUCGUGGAAGAGGUUAGCGAGAAGCUGGAAAGUGGAGUGGUUCUCUCGAUGGGAGAAAUAGACGCCAUCAAGGAGCAGCAUGGUGUUGGCCGCUCACGCUGGCGGAUAAAGGAACUCCUCUCCACCAUGGUCCCUGGCGUGGAGUUCACCAAGCCCAAGAACCCUCGCGAACCCGAACUGGUUCAUCUGGCGGAGGCAAGGAAAGAGGCCCUGACAAACCAGAGGACAAUCGAGGACUUCAAGCUUGCUACACUCCUGAAAGCUGCCAAAAUCCUGCGUGAAGAAACCCUCAAAGAACCGGACUGGAAAUUCGAAGGAGACAUGGCCAACUUUAACCUUCCUCCCCUUGUCAAGAGUUUCGCGACCUGGGUCGUCGGUGGAGCUGGAAGAAACAACCUGCGAACGGAGAAGGGAGCCUCGAUCAUCGGACAAGUCCUCAUGACAAACAUCUUGAGUGCAAAGCAAGCUGCGACGAUCACCCAAGCUUCCCGAACCCGAGAGACCCCUCUCCAGGUGGCGACGGACCGGAUGGAGCCAAGUUCGCUUCAGAACAAGAGGAAGCGGACACUAAGAUGAUAUAUCAUCUCUCCCUGCUCGACAAAGAUGUGGAGGCAACCGUAGUUUCUCCGGACACUGACGUCCUCGUCCUCCUCCUCCGACACUUCCCCAAGAUACCUCCCAACACAUGCCUCCAGCUUGGCAAGACGACUUUCAACGUUCAGCUCAUCCACGACAAACUGGGCUCUCACGCGGAUGUGAUCACGUCCUUCCAUGCUCUGACUGGUUGCGACACCACUUGCGCCCUCUUCAGGAAAGGCAAGUUGCAAGCUUGGCCUGUGUUCCAGGCGGCCGACCAGGCAACCCUCGACGCUCUGGGUACACUCUGAAGCCCUGGUCCGCUGACGCAAGAGAGCCUGGACGUGCUGUGCCGAUUCGUGAGUAGAAUUUACGGAUAUACCUGCUCUCUGCCGCAGGCGAGGUGGACGGCACUUCAGAAGAAGAAGGUUGGAGCAGCACUGGCCCCUCCGACAGUCGCCGCCACCACCCAGCACAUUAUGCGAGCCCAGCUACAGGCCGUCGUCUGGGAGGGGGCCGUGAAGAAGGAGUUGGUGACCCUCGACCCG